AUGGAAAAUAACAGUAUUAGUAUUGAAUCACUAUUUUCACAACUUACACCAACUACUUCGUGCAACAAAUUGAUAGAACGUUGCAUGUGGAAGAGCAGGAUGUACCGUUGUCAACAAUUAUUCCAGCAAAUAAAAAUAAGCUUCAACAUUUGUUGCUCAUUUAAUAACUUUUUCAUAAAAACAGCUGAAGGAAAGCGUAAUGCGGAUCUAAUUUAUAUGCCUUCACCUCGUCGAGUCGCUUCCUGUGGAUAUCAAACUGCUUUAGCAGUUCUCAUUCGAACAGAUUCUGAUGAUUAUUACAGUACCAACAUCGCAACGACAGGAGCCCUGGUUCUAAUUGACAACCCUUAUAAUAUGCCUGAUUCGGAUUCCACGUUACGUCUGGUAAAUCCAUUGACGGAAGUGUUACUGGCGUUAUCACCGGAACGCACUUACACCACGCCAGGGAUAAAGUCAUUCAGUAUUGAGGAACGACAAUGCUAUUAUAACGAUGAGAUAAAAGUUGGUGAUUUCGAACGAUAUUCGUUUCAUAACUGCAGGGCAUACGAAUAUAUAAAAAUAAUAAGGAGUAUUUGUCACUGUAUACCUUAUUAUUUUCCUCUACGAACGGCAGAAUAUACCCGGCAUUGUAAUUUUAAAGACAUGAACUGCCUCGAGAGUGUUUUAGUACCUUUACAAGAUGUAAGCGUUCGCUAUCAAAUUUUAAAAGACUACACGAAAUGUUUGCCAGAGUGCGAGCACUUUGACUACCCACUGGAAGUGGCAUUUGGACAGUUGGCAAUGAACUUGCCGUUAAAUAGACUACCUUUGAUACAUAAUACAAUUUUGGAAAACCGGUCCUUGUUGAAUGUGUUCUUCAACGACUUAGUAUCUACCAGAUAUCGACGUGAUGUUUAUUUGAAUUGGCAAAAUAUACUUGCUUCCUUCGGUGGAUUGUUAAGUCUGAUGCUUGGGUUCACUCUAGUAUCCGGCUUUGAUUUCAUAAUGUUUUUUACAUUUCGUGUGUUCUUCAACUCAUCGAAUCGGGUGGCCCCAGACAGCGAUAGCUAUAGACACAAUUUUACACAGGACAAGGGUAACAUUAUACAAGUGGCAGAGACCAACAAGAAAAUCACCGCAAAUAAAAAUAACAAAGAAAUAUACAAGUGGCUGAAAGACGUACAGAAGGCGGAAAAACAUUGA